GCUGCCAGCCCUGGCCCAUCAUGUAGCUGCAGCACAGCCUUCCCUACCAUUGCAAUUGGAAAAAAUCACUUUCCAAUCUGUUUUGCAAGGUGUGCAUUUCCACUUUGAUUUCCUGAAAGAUCAUCUGCUGCAUCGAUCAAGAAAAACUUCACUUGCAUGAAGACUGCGCGUCUGCAGCUUGAAUCUUUAUUGCAAAACUAGCUACAGAAGAGAGGCAAGGCAAAGUCUUUUGUGCUCCCCUCCCCCAUCAAAGGAAAGGGGAAAAUGUCUCAGCCAAAAGGCAGGAAGCGGAACCCUGGGCUGAAGAUUCCAAAAGAAGCAUUUGAACAAUCUCCGACUACUUCAGCGCCUCCUCGGGAUUUAGAUUCCAAGGCUUGCAUCUCAAUUGGAGAUAAGAAUUUUGAAGUGAAAGCUGAUGACCUGGAACCUAUAGCAGAACUAGGACGAGGUGCAUAUGGGGUGGUGGAGAAGAUGCGACAUAUGCCUAGUGGGCAGAUCAUGGCGGUGAAGCGAAUCCGAGCCACUGUGAAUAGCCAGGAACAGAAGAGGCUACUGAUGGACCUGGAUAUCUCCAUGAGGACAGUGGAUUGCCCUUUCACAGUCACCUUUUAUGGUGCACUCUUCCGGGAGGGUGAUGUGUGGAUCUGUAUGGAACUCAUGGAUACCUCACUGGACAAGUUCUACAAGCAAGUCAUUGAUAAGGGCCUAACGAUCCCAGAGGACAUCUUAGGGAAAAUUGCAGUUUCUAUUGUAAAAGCCCUAGAACAUUUACACAGUAAACUUUCUGUCAUUCAUCGAGAUGUCAAGCCAUCUAAUGUGUUAAUUAAUACACUGGGCCAAGUGAAGAUGUGUGAUUUUGGUAUUAGUGGUUACCUUGUGGACUCUGUGGCCAAAACUAUGGAUGCAGGAUGCAAACCCUACAUGGCUCCUGAAAGAAUAAAUCCAGAACUAAACCAGAAGGGGUACAAUGUGAAAUCUGACAUUUGGAGCCUGGGCAUCACAAUGAUCGAACUGGCAAUCCUUCGGUUCCCCUAUGAUUCCUGGGGGACACCAUUUCAGCAGCUCAAACAGGUGGUAGAAGAACCAUCACCUCAACUACCAGCAGACAAGUUCUCAGCAGAGUUUGUUGACUUUACCUCACAGUGCUUGAAGAAGAAUUCCAAAGAACGGCCAACAUACGCAGAACUUAUGCAACAUCAGUUUUUCACUCUGCAUGAAUCCAAAGCAACAGAUGCAGCAUCUUUCGUAAAACUGAUUCUUGGAGACUAAAAACCAUUGGACUCAAUCACUUGGCCCUCCUGUGGAUUGGUGGGUUUAGGGGGUGGAGCUUCUUCACUAAAGCAUCAAUAGAAACUCGGCAUUGAGAUGCUUAUUUUUUUAACCCUGCCUCUCAGAAGGUUGUUUGUUUAUUUUUUGUUCAUUUUUUUCCUAAAGGGAUCUUGGAAUCCAUAGUGUAUAGAAUGAACUGUCUAGUCAGAUGAAUAUAGUAAGGCUCAGACUUUACAACUUUGAAAAGGUGAUUAAAUAUUUAAUGAUAUGUCACAAGACUCCUUAACCUUCUCAGCCUUUUCCUGUUCCUCUCCAAGGAGAAUACAUUUGUCUGGGUUAAUAGGUGCUAUGGUAGUUAUGAAGUCCUAUGUAGAUUUAUAUUUUGUUCCUCCUAUUAUUUUAAUAUUUAUGUUUAAAUGCUUGAUUUGAAUAGAUUCUGUUUUAUGUGAGGGAGAUCUUGUGAAAGAGGAGGCUGAUAUGUCAAUAUUUAUAGGGCUUUGCAGGGGAAAGGGUUAAAUAACUUUUGGGCUCUAAAAGGAACAAUUUAAUAUGCAUCUUUAAGAACUUCAAUAACAAUUUUUUCUUUCCAAGAGCCUAUUCCAACCACUGCUGCUGCUGCUGCCAUCUUCCCAAACACCUUAUCCAAUACUGGGUAUUCAUUAACUAUUCUGUGUGAUGUGGUAAAGUAUCCCAGUACUACUUUGUCCAACUUUGGAAGAAGUAAAAUCACUUUAUCAUGGUUCAAAGUGGAGACACAGCUUGCUUCUCAUGGCAUUUAUGACACUUUUAACAUGAUUGUGAUAUAUACCUACCCCCCCCUGCAGAAGGAGGGCAUAUAUGUAUGUGUGUGUAUUUGUUUUUGGUAGACUGUGAGUCUUGCCAAGGGUCUUCUAUUUAUAUUAUUCUAUUUCAGUAAGGAUGAUUACUUAUCAGUGUCUUGGGAGACCGGGGGGAGGGAUGUUAUAUAUCCAACUAAUCAGGGAACUGGUGCCUUCUUUUGGUUCUACUGUUCUGAAGAGUGUAUGCCACAGGUAUUAUUUCUUCAUCUUCAUGGCUAGUGUAGUGUUUUCUAUUCUUCUCAACCCCUUGCUCAUUGGAGGAGUCUCACCAUUAAUUAUUUAUCUUCUUAGUGGAGGGGUUCUAUCAGGAAAAAAUUUAGGGGCGUCUUGUGGUUUCUUGGAGAGGAUGAGGAGAAUCAGGGAGAGAAGUUUGUUAGUACCCUUGUGCUGACUCCCAAGUUUUCACAGGCCGAAAACAGGAUGAAGCCUCUUGCUGACAAUACAUAGUCAUUGGACACAGGAAGCUCGUUCCAUUGGAACUCUCAGGAGGGUACACAAUCUGAUUCAACAAGUCUAAUUCUUUUCUGUGGCUGCCUCUGGAUCCAGGUUCUAUGAUGAUGGACUCUGGGUAAGACCACAGAAUGCCAAAGGUUCCAGGUAAACUUCAGAUGUGCUAUAACAUGGGAACUCCUAUUGGUCUUAGAGAUAAUUCUCAUCCAAAGCAUACUCCUGAAGUAUGAGGACAUCUGGGGUUUUAAUUAAAAGGGUUGAUCACAAUUCUCACAAUGCUGAUCAUCACCUAAGCAGUAGGAGGCAAUGAUUUGUUUUGCUAUACGUUUGGAAAUGGAAGUACAACUAAAUCUUUUGUUGUUGUUGUUGUUUUUGUUGUUGUUUCUUUGGUCUCUUUCACUGUUGCCUUCUAAGUGCAGUAGUGUUUGGUGCAUGCAAGUGCCAUGCUUCCUUGUGUCUGCUUCAUGUGAAAGAAGAUCUCUCUCCUACUACUCUAAUUGCAUCUAUACUGAAACUGUCACCAAUAUAUUUGUCUGGCUUUGGAAAAGGAGCAUUGGGCCAAUGGAUAUAUAAACAUACUUUCUUCACCUUUUUCUGUGUCCCCAACUUGAGAAGUUAUUUCUGUGAUACCCUGAGAAGAAGUGGGGAAAAAAAGACAAAAUAUCACCAUACACCCAGGUCUGCAUGUUUUCAUUUAGACAGAGGUCUGUUUAUUCUGCUUAGUUGAAAACAAAUCUAUCAGUCCUUAUGGCUUAGAAUAGCCUUAAAUGGUUCUGCAAGCAGGGACAAAUGUCUUCUUAUAAAAGAGGAGGCUGAAGCAUAUGGUCAGAAAAAAAUGCUUGUCUAUGUUUAUUAUAGCUUAUACUGUUUCUACCUUGUGAGAAUAUGAACUAUUGAGAAAAAAACAGAGGACAUUGCCUAGAAACAGUUUUGAUCGCAUCUUUAGGUAAAGAGUGAAGGUUUGUUUUUUUUCAAAACAAACAAAAAAAUCCAUCCAGAGUUAUCCAGAAAAUGCCUGAGUCAGGCCUUUCUCUACAGUUCUGGCUUU